CUCUCAAAACUAUUAUUUUAUUCCAAAAUUAAUUCACUCCUAUCCGUGUCCCUUCACUUGCUACACGAGUUUUUUUAAUUUGCGUUGUGGACAUUUUAACGAAACCAAAACGGAUUUGGAAAAAUAAAAUAAAAUAUAGAAGUACAUAGAAACUCCAAAAAAAUUACCAAACCCUAAUUUCUCACUCCGAAACAAACGUUCUUCAGACUUUCCCUCCUCACCCCUUCUUCUUUACCUCUUUUUCUCUCCCCUAUACAACUAUUUUCCUCAUCGUCCCUGUAUUCUCUCUAUCUCUCGGAACUUAGUUUCUUUGCUCUUUUGUUGAGUUUGGGUCGUGGGGUAUUGUUUAUUGACAGGAUAGUAGCCGUCCGAUCUGGGGUACUGGUUAAGAUCUGCGACGAGGAUUUAAAUAUUCCGACGUUACGCGCCGAGAUUUGGGUGCCACGCGCCUAGAUCAGUGCAAAAGAAGUAUGGUCGUGAAUGGUAGGUCGAUGAAGCGGUUGAAGAGGAGAGUAACGGCGGACCUCAACGACUUCCUCACGUUCCCCGACGACAAUAUCUCAGGUAGUGGGCCGUUCAGGUCGACGGUGAAGGCGUUUUUGUUGAAACACGCGCUCUUGCCACCGCCUUCUUCGUUGUUUCCUCACCUUCUGACGUGGCAGAUCCUCUUCCGCGUCGGCGACCUCACCGACGGCAACGACUCUUCUCCGUCCGUCGUCUGCCUCGAUGUCGUCGAAGAAGACGUCUCCAGAUGUAGAUCCGUUUAUUGCGACCAGUGCCGAGUCGUUGGUUGGAGCAGUAAUCCAGUUUGUGCAACGCGUUUCCACUUUAUUAUUAAGGCAGAUGGAAACUCAAUUGGGGGUUAUAACAAGUCCUGUUCUGGAUGUGGUGAAGCCCUUCACUUAUCGGAGUCUAGGUGCAAGUCAUGCAAUCAUGUCAUGACCACAGAAGACGUUGAAGAUUGGAUGUACCACCAGUUAGAGGAUACCAGUCAUCUUCUGCAUGGCGUGAUCCAUGCCAAUGGCUAUGGACAUCUUCUCAGGAUAAACGGUAGAGAAGGUGGAUCCAGGUUGCUUUCUGGAAGUCGUAUAAUAAAUUUCUGGGACAGACUUUGUAAGGUUCUUGGAGUGAGAAAAAUCAGCGUGAUGGAUGUUUCAAAGAAGUAUGGUUUGGAGUUACGUUUAUUACAUGCCAUCACAAAAGGACAUCCGUGGUAUGGUGAAUGGGGUUAUGAGUUUGGUGCUGGUAGUUUUGCUCUGACUCAAGAUUCCUACAGACAAGCUGUAGAGAACCUAUCGUCUCUGCCCUUGACCAUCUUUCUAUGUCAAGGACGGAAGCCUCGCACUCGUUUGCAGGACUUGAUUUCAUUCUAUCAGUCCUUGUCAGAGCGUGAGCUUGUAAAUAUUAGAAACCUUUUUCUUUUCUUAACUAGUUCAAUCCGUGAUGCCCGCAAAUCUGGCUUGGGCGCUGAUGAUGCCAGUUGUAAGAAGCGCAAAACUUGUGAUUCCAAGGUCUUGUGUGCAUGGACAAGUAGUGAUAUUUUACGUGUUGAAGAAGCCAUGUUUAGAGUUCUACGGGCCGUCUCUGGUUCCAAUUGGGUGAGCUGGCGUGCUCUUAGAGGUGCUGUGUGUAAAGCUGGUUCUCCUGAACUCCUUGAUUAUUGCCUAAAGGAACUCCAUGGGAAGCAGGCAGCUGAUGGAAUGGUUGUCAAUGCCCGCAGCGUUUCUGGUUCCGGCACCAUGGAGUUUAAACUUGAGCCUGGCAACCCACUGGUUAAUGUGAAUACAAACGAGAAUAGAUUACCUUGCACACCAAACUUUCCAUCCGAGGAACAUCUGCGUCGAGAUCUGAAGUACUUGUACGAGUGUAUGCUAAACCCACUGACGAUGUCUGAUCAUGUUCCCUUAACCAGAAGGGAAGUUGCUGUUGACUCUGCUACUACGGUUCUUGAUUGCAAGCAAUUUAUGAAGGUAUAUCAACCUGAAAGAUUCUUGCCUAUCACAAAAUCAGAUGCAAUCCAGGUGCUAUGUGAGGUGGACAUCAUGGAGCAAUCUGAUGUACAUUUGAGAAACCCUCCUCCAGAAUUAUUGAUUCUCCCCUCCGAUGCUACCAUUUCUGACUUGAAAUUGGAGACAUCAAGAACAUUUCAAGAUGUAUAUUUGAUGUUCAGACGGUUCCAAGCUGAUGAGUUAGUUGGAUAUGGUGGCGUGAAAGAAUCUACUCAGGUCAAACUACUCCUAGGAUCAGCUGAAUAUGUGACUGUCCGUGGAAAAUUCCUGGGAAAAAAUGGGCUGAGUAGAUAUAGAAUGGAAAGGGGAACGGAGAGAUGGACUGUGGAUUGCUACUGUGGAGCAAAGGAUGAUGAUGGAGAGAGGAUGUUAGCUUGUGAUGUGUGUGGUGUUUGGCAGCACACCAGAUGUGCUGGGAUCUCCGACUUGGAUGCUGUUCCAGCUAGGUUCAUUUGUCAUAGGUGCAGAUGUGUUUGUCAGACUAUGAAUACAAGCGGUAAUUGCAAGGAUGAUUCAGUUGCUGGUGCGGGAUUAGGGAAGAGUCUGGCUCAUGCUGUCUGAAGCGUACUGGGAUUUUUAGUAGUGUUUAUGUUUUUUCCUUUGUCAGGUUUGAUAUAAUAUGUACAUACAGGCCAGGCUGCGAGAAGAAAUUUCAGCAGCGCAUUCUGGCCAGUUUCUUUCUCCAUGCUCUUCACAAGUUGUCACAUCCUUGUUUCUCAGUAUUUUUACAUGUUCUUCA